CUGGGAAAUGUAUGUGAUACUGUUACUCUGACGGAAGUCCCGGUAGCUCCUUAAUGCCCACUCCCUUGUCACAGAGGUCUAAAAGUGUGAUUCUGUCGAUACUAUUGUACCCAAUGAUGUGCUCUUUUUGUCUCUGAUAUGAUUUGGAGACGGUUGUUGUGUGGCACCGGUGGAAUAUUUGCACCAGCGAUAUACUAAUUUUGAUCAUCACAUUUUCUUUGUUUUUAAACAAUUACGUGCAGGUUUUUAGUUAAUUGGAUUGUAUUAAUCAAACCAGUAAAACGCCACAAAUCACUGGCCAUGUAUCGAGGGUUGUACAUGUUGUUGAUAUUAAACCUUUACUCUCUUUCGACGACGUCGGGAUUCAUGUCCGUUUUGAGGUUCUGCAAUGACACGUCUUCCGUAUCCUUCUCCACUAAAUGUGUGUCAUGUUCGCGCAAUGCACAAGUGGACUGUCCACCUGGAACACAAAAACUUACCCGGAACCGAGGCUUAUCCGACUGUACAUACCCGAUUGAUUUUAAGGGCUUGGAAUUAUCAUUUGGGGGUUGUCGGCAUUCGUGUUUGGAGACUGUGCAGAUUCCGAAAUGUUGUGAUGGAUAUUGGGGACCUAACUGUGAUCGCUGUCCAGGGAUUCAUGGACUAGUGUGCUCGGGCCACGGUGAAUGUAAUGAUACCAUGACCGGUACUGGAUCUUGUCAAUGUCACGAGGGUUUCACGGGAUAUGCUUGUGAAAAAUGCGCUAACGAAACCAUGUACGGACCGACUUGUUCAGGAGUUUGUGACUGUGUGAACGGGCUAUGUGAUGGAGGGGUCCUUGGAAAUGGAGAAUGUUAUUGCGAGUCUGGGUACGAAGGACCGCGCUGUGACCAGUGGAUUGAGAAGUGCUCCAAUUUAUCAUGUGAUGAGAAUUCGCGGUGUUUGAAUAUUCAUGGUUACGUCAUGUGUUCCUGCAACCACGGUUACGAAAAAAGAUUACCGAACAAUACAUGUGAAGAAAUAAACGGUUGUCUACGAAGUCCACUGUGUCAUGAAAACGCUACCUGCACACCAAAUGGUCCCCUUAAGUACAACUGCACGUGCUUGAACGGUUACUCGGGAGACGGGUAUGCAUGUACACCCAUUGAUUUGUGCCAGGUGGACAACGGCGGCUGUGUGCAGAAUUCUUCGCUGUGCGUCUAUACUGGACCAGGACAGAGGGACUGUCAGUGUAGACCAGGAUUCGAAGGAUACAUAGACGGUUUGGGAUGUGAUUUAAUAGAUGUAUGUGUUUUAAACUCCAGUCAUUGUCAUGAACACGCCAUCUGUCGCACAACGGGCCCUCAACAGUUCGAAUGUGUUUGUGAAGACGGGUAUGGAGGAGAUGGCAUUGAGUGUUAUACUAAUAUUGUUGAUCGAGUUCGGGAACUUAAUGAAGGGGACCCAGUGUUGAAGAAUCGUUUGACGUUAGCAUUACAAUUGCUUGAAAAGGUGUACUCGCCUGAGCUGAGAAAUCAUGGACCCUUCACUCUCUUCAUUCCCACAGACUCAGGUUUCCGGACAAUCGGUAACUUCGAUGAUUUUCUGAAUAACACGGACCAAGCCCGACAAAUACUGCGACAACAUAUCGUAGUAGGGGCAUUGGCAUUGGAAUAUUUACAUACCAGGCACGUGUUUUACACAUUACAAGGUGUUCCAGCUCAGAUCAUCGUCCGUAAGAAACGAAUUGGCGUCCAAUAUCGCUAUAAGCUACACGGAUCCUCUACACGAUCACUUUUAGUGAAAUCGGAUAUCAGAGCGGCAAACGGUAUCAUCCACGUUACAGCAAAGAUGCUCAUCAAUUCCCCCAUGAUGAGGGGACACUCAAACACUUCAAUCUGGUCGUUGAUUAAAAACGAAGAUCAAUACCAAAGGCUGAAGAUGUUAAUAACGGCGGCAGGUAUGGAGGGGGAAUUCCGAGCCAGUAAAAUCACUGUCGUCGUCUGUUCAGACAACGCCUGGGAUACUCUGCCUUCCGGCACACUAGAUUACUUCAUGUCGGAGAAGGGAAAUAACAGCUUACGAAUGGUGUUGCGGCAUCUGAUUUUCGAUGGAGUGAUAGAGAUAGCUGACUUGAUAAAUAAACAGCGUAUCCUGUCUAAAGCCAACACUCAUGUCCCGGUACAAGUCACCUCUGCGGGAGCUGUCAUGCUGGCCGAAAAAAGAAUAGUACAGGCGGACAUACCAGCUAAGAAUGGCAUGUACCACCUCUUAAAUGGACUACUUUUACCGUCGGACAUAUAUGAUUUUCUACCACAUCGAUGCAAUGAUACCGCCUUUAUAGCGAUUAAGUCCCCGUGCUUAAGCUGUGACGAUGUUCGUGGUAACUGUCGUGCUACAGACGUACAUGUGGGAGUUGAGACCUGCAGAUACUUUGAUGUUAGCUUACUACGUAAAACUGCCGGGUGUACUUCAGUGUGUACAAGGCCUUUCGUUAAGAAUCGAUGUUGUGAAGGUUUCUAUGGUGACGAAUGUCAGCCUUGUCCUGGAGGCUUUAUCAAUCCAUGCAACGGCAACGGAGAGUGUACAGAGUCCGGGACAUGCAAUUGUUUCAGUGGUUUUACAGGCACAGUCUGUGAACACUGCGAAAGAGAAGACAUGUUUGGGGAAAACUGUACGCAACCGUGUAGCUGUCUGCGUGGUCAGUGUGAUAAUGGAAUCAAUGGUAACGGGGCGUGUAAGAAGGGGACUUGUGCUCGAGGCACCAGGGGCAAAAACUGUGACAAAGCUAUGGCAAAAUGUCCCGGUGGUAACACCCGCGUUCUGUGUCACGCACACGCCAUUUGUAUUAAGGGGAUCAGUCAAACCAACAGAUCAGAUGAGAUUGAAUGUACAUGUGGUUUUGGUUUUGAGGGUGAUGGUCAAACAUGUACCGCUAUAAACCCUUGCGAACAGCCGUCCAGGGGUGGUUGUGAUUCACAGGCCACGUGUAGGUACGUUUUCCCUGGGAUAAAUAGAUGUCAAUGUGAUGAGGGCUGGGUUGGAUCGGGCAAGUACUGCCAUCGCGGGACAGAAUGUGAUACACACAGGGACUGCCAUGAGCACGCGGAGUGUCGUUUUAAACAGCCAGACAUGAAGACGGUGUGUGUUUGCAAAUUCCAUUUCCAUGGGAAUGGAACUCAUUGUGUCCCCAUCGAUAUGUGUACCUGGAAAAUGGAUGGUUGUGACGCUAAGGCUGAUUGUACCCCUACCGGACCCGGCACCAAUAACUGUACGUGCUGGGAUGGUUAUUUAGGUGACGGAUAUGGCUGUUCUCCUACUAUUCUGAAAUUCAUUGAGGAUACCCCAGAUCUGAGUAAACUAGCGGAACUUCUACAGGACAUACCUAAAGACGACAACCUGCUUCUAUCAUCCAUAGAUCAGUACACCUUAUUCGCUCCAUCCAACGAGGCUAUGGACAUUCUUCUCUCCCGGAUACCUUCCAGUUACUGGGAAAACCCGGAUCAUGUCUUUGCGUUUCUGCUGUCACAUAUGGUGGCGGGAUUAAAGAAUACACAGGAACUUCUGGAAACGGUGAAUGGAUAUGACAAGUUCGAAACUCUUACGGACGGUUUCUUCAUACACAUUCACAACGUAAACAAUACGCUUUUUGUUUCUGGAAAAAGAAAUUCUAAAGUAAGGUCUCGGAUAUUAGAAUCAAACGAAACUGCGAACGGCUACGUCCACAUCAUAGAUAGGGCUAUUGAGACGUUCUUCCUUGCUGAUGAAUCACCUGAUCUGAGGACCUUCUUUGCUCAACAUCCAAAGUAUUCCUAUUUUGGCAGUUUGUUGGAGAAUAAACAAUUGUUGGAUGACCUGCUGGAUAUGAAUGCCUACACACUGUUUGUCCCUAACAAUGACGUCAUCAACAAAUACUACAACGACAAAGCCGUGACUCGAGCCUACCUUAAUUUCUAUCUAUUGCCGAAUAUCCGACUUACAGAGUCAUUUGAUGACGGAGAGAGAUUGGACACCGUGCUUGGAUCUGAUCAUCCGCUCAGCUUCCAAGUUAGAGGUGACUUGGUUCUUGUGAACGAAGUGUUGAUAUCUGAGCCCGACGUGUUAACAAUGGGAGGAGUGGUCCACGGGAUAAACGGCCUGCUCACACCCAUCCUCCACAGAUGUGACGUCAUAAAUACCACUACCGAAUACGGGGAGUGUCAAACUUGUGGGCGUGGUGAACUUCUCUGUCCCGAUGGUUUCAAAAAGAAAACAAAGGGUAAACUAAUCAACAGGUGUGCAUAUGCAGGAAUGUUUGGAAGAAACAUUGGAUGUCAACGCAUCUGUGAGAAAACUGAAUUCACAAAACGGUGUUGCGCUCAUUACUAUGGCCCUAAUUGUCUUGAAUGUCCGGGAGGUCCUGAUUUCCCGUGUAACCAUAAUGGGGACUGUGACGAAGGAAUAGACGGUAAUGGGACAUGUUCGUGUUACCCUGGAUACACUGGAAACGCCUGUCAGUUCUGCGAGGUUAACAACACCGUCCAGGCGUGUGGUCGUAGUUGUGCCUUUAACCACGGUGGCUGUAGUCAAAAUGCAGAUUGCGAUGAGUCGGUUGGGACCACAACAUGUGUUUGCAAACCAGGCUAUAUAGGAGAUGGCAGUACUUGUGACGAGCCUUGCUUCAUUCAAAAUGGAGGAUGCCAUUACAAUGCAACAUGUCUGUUUCUGAAGACUACUGGAGAUGUAAUCAUAGGAUAUGUUAAUUGCACAUGCGCAGAUGGUAUGGAAGGGGACGGCCGUUCCUGCUUCAACCCACCCGAAAAAGCUCAUAUCAAGAGUAAUAGUCAGACAGGGAUGAUUGUUGGAGUAACCAUCGCCGUUUUAGCCGUUUUGCUGCUGGUGGGGGUUGCUAUCGUCAUAUAUCUGAAGAUAAAACGAGAUUCAUCAGGGUUUAUGGAGGUUUGGAGCAAAGUGAGACGUAAUUCCGACAGUAGCUGUGCCCAGCUACACACAAACUCAGAUGACGAAACCAAUGUCGCUCAACCACUUUCGCCGGCAGAUGUCAACUUUGACAAUCCUCUCUACAAUGUCAGUGACAACUUCUAGCGCAAUCAGGGCAGCACAGUGACUGCUAGACAGAGAGAGAACAUACACGAGAGCGGGGGUAUAGAAAUAUAUAUUCCUCUUAUUAACUACAAGAUGAACCUCGCAGUUUUCACACAACGAACUUGCUCGACAAAUGGAAAUGAUACACUACCCAUGUGGUCCGUUCCUCAAUAAUUAACAAAUGAUGAGUACCUGAUUUAGUUUGACUCUUCAUCGUUACAAAUAUUUCAGAGCCUUAUGUAAGAGUUCCAAUAAUUAUAUAUCCUCACCAGUGAUGAUUUUCCUUUUUGUUUCAUGAGAUGUAUCUUGAUAAGGAUAUAUCCUUAGAAUUACUUAAAUCGCCUAUGUUAUAACGGUUACUGCUGAGUUUCACUAUUUCCCCGAUUGCUGUUACGACAUUAUAUCACACAAGAUGUUGAUAACAUAUCCAUUACGAUUUCUUGUUAUGCUUUUGUAUUAAAUAGUAACACGAAUCAUUGUG